AUGUUAGUAAAGACGAUUAGCCGAACUAUUGAAUCAGAAUCUGGAUUUCUACAGCCGACGCUGGAUGUUAUUGCUACUCUACCUGCAGACGAUCGUUCUAAAAAAAUACCUAUUAGUCUGGUAGUGGGAUUUAAACAAGAGGCCUCGCUGAAUUCAUCUUCAUCCUUAUCAUGUUAUUACUACGCCAUUCCCUUAAUGAGGGAUAGACAUAUUAACCUCAAAUCAGGCGGAAGCAACGUUGUGGGGAUACCGUUAUUAGAUACUAAAGAUGACCGGAUUCGUGAUAUGGCUAGACACAUGGCCACAAUAAUAUCUGAAAGGUUCAAUAGGCCGUGUUAUGUAACGUGGUCAUCGCUGCCUAGUGAAGAUCCCUCUAUGCUAGUAGCAAACCAUUUAUAUAUCUUAAAGAAGUGUCUCGAUCUCUUGAAAACUGAACUCGGUGAGUAA